CUCCUGUUUGUGACGUGCCUUGACGCUAGGAAGGGGGGCAGUCAGUCAGUCAGUCAUUGAGUAAGUCUCCUUCUGUGUUGUGUGUCUCGGUGUUCAUGUGGCCGUCCUCUUGACUUUAAUGAUGUGUGCGAGUCGGCGUUGGCGUGUUCCCCUGUCGGGGAGGGAGCGAGGUGCUCCCCGAGCGUGAGGAAGGGAAAGGGGAUCGUUAACGCCAAGGAAAGCAACAGCUCACUUUUUGUUCUUGCCAUGCUCUUGGUUUAGCCGGCGAUGGCGGAGGCAGCUGGGCAGCAGCAGCCCAGAAGACCGGCGGCAGGAGGUGAAUCAGGAGCCGGGCCAGCACGGCACUCACCCUGGCUACAGGACAGCCGUCCCCUGGGCACUUUCUAAACCUUCUCCCACCCUCCCAGGAACGGGCUGGGCAAACUGCGGUUCACUCUUGUGUCUCUUUGUUGGGAUCUUUAUCUUCUUUACCUACACUCACAUCUAAGUGUUCUGUGCUCUUUUAUUAACAUCUACCAGACAUGGGCAGCUAUUGAGAGACCUCGCCUGGUUAUUUAUUCGGUGGAUUCAAGAGAAAAAUUGGGAACGUCUUUUUUUUUGGGGGGGGGGGGGUGGUGGGGGAGAAAACAAGGAGCCAGACGUAGAAAGUGGAUCAGAAGUUUGCUGGAGAGCCGGGACUGACUGCAAAGGGCCAUUCCUACCCCUGCCUUGACCUCCAGUUGCCCCCUAUGGGGGCUAAGCAGAGCAGCCCGGCUCCGAACGGGCGGACACGGGCUUACUCGGGCUCGGAUUUACCCUCCACCACCGCCAGCAGCAACGGGAGCAGCCGCUCGGUGGCCGCUUCGAGCGGCUCGAGGCAGGGCUCAGGGUCCGGGGCGGCCACCGGCAGCAGCACGCUGGCCAGCGGCCGCAUGCACUUGGUGGCCCAGCCCGCCGGUGGCCCCCGGUCGAUGGCCAGCGGCAGCCGGAACCAGUCGCUCAACAUCCCCAACAGCGGAGGCACGUACAGCAGCUCGCAGGAGGAGUCCGAGGGCAGCACCCCGGAGGAGAGCACGGGAGAGCGGCCAGGAGGUCAGCCAGCCCCCCGCUUACUCAUCGGAUCCCUCCCCGCUCACCUGUCCCCUCACUUAUUUGGAGGUUUCAAGUGUCCUGUGUGCUCAAAAUUUGUUUCUUCGGAUGAAAUGGAUUUGCACCUUGUGAUGUGUCUGACUAAACCAAGAGUGACCUACAAUGGUGAGAGCAGUCGUGGAUUUGGAAGGUGCUGUUUAAGGAGGCUUGAGGAUGUGCUGAGUAAAGAUACUGGAGAAUGUGCAAUAUGCCUUGAAGAACUGCAGCAAGGAGAUACCAUUGCACGCUUGCCUUGUCUAUGCAUCUACCAUAAAGGAUGUAUAGACUCUUGGUUUGAAGUCAAUAGGUCAUGUCCUGAGCACCCAUCAGAUUAACAGAUGAACGGAACCGACUGUUUGCUGUUGCUAUAAGGUUUUCCUGUCACUUCUGUAAAUGGAACAACUUGUUCAAAUAAACAGGGGCUGUGACUGAAUUCCCAAAUGGCGAGGAGAUACUUUAAGAGUACGAUGAUCAUUGCUGCUUCCUUAGACUGUUGAAUAGGAAAACUUAUCUUCUGUUCUUUACAAAUGAUGGCUACAGAUUCAGUGACGUCACAUUCCUCAUCUCCUUCUGGGUUUUGUUUUGAAAUCCCCGCGGGUUGGCUCUGUUGCCAUUUGGACAUGGUGUGCCAAAUAUAUAUAUAUAUAUAUAUAUAUUUAUAUAUAUAAAUAUAUAAUAUAUAUAUAAAAUAUAUAUAAUAUAUAUAUGAAGGACACGUGCAGGGUAAAAAGGUUUUUCUUUAUGCGUACAGCCAAUGUUUAAUUGUAUGGUAAUUAGUUUGUGCCUUUCUACCUUUUUCGAUUUGAAAGCACACACUGAUUAAUUUGUUCAUGUUAUUAACUGUUUUCUAUAUAUUUCUUUUUGCACUGUAACUGUGCAGCUGUAGCCAUUUGUGAGAGACGCGUGAAUGGUUCAGUGUUUGAUCUUAAAAAUACUGGGAUUGGGUUGUUGAAACCCUAGGAUAUAACUGGAACUUUCUGCCCAAUAUACAAAUCCCACCAACUUCAAUGCAGGUAGCAGCGAGCGAUGGUGGUCCGGUCUAGAUUUCAGAUGACACAUGGAAAAGUGGGAUUCAACCAGGAUGUUUUGAGCUGAAUUUUGGACCUGUGCUUUUUCAGUACUUUGCACACACUUUUACAGAGGAAGAGUUAUCAUGAUGGACCAUGAUCAUGCUGUGAUUUAGAGCAACCAAGCGAGCAAGCCUGUGUUUCUCUGAAGAUCUGGACUUGUUUAAUAAGUGAGCUUGCAAGGACUGAGUGAAGUGGGGGGCGGGGGGGGGGUUGGGGGGUUCACAUUCAUCCUUUGGGACCAGGCUUCUGAUUCAGCCUAGAAUGACAAAAUUAAAUCACCUCUUUCUGCUGGCAUUAUGGAUCUGUCUCAUAGACCAAUCGGCUUGGGCGAGUCUCGACUUGGCUCCUAUCGAGCAUGGGUUUGCAAUGUAAUAUUGACCGCAUUCCAGCACUCUUGCUCAGAAAUGGAUCCUAUAGGAAAUGCUAACAUCACAUUAGUAUAGCAAGGGAACACUCUUCCAUGGCUGGAGUUCAGGCACAAUAUUGGAGAAUCUACUUCUUGACAUGGAAAUGCUCAAUGCUAACCAUGAGUGCCAAAAGUAGGAAGAUGUUCCAUCGUUCUCCAUCCAUUUAAGCCAAAAAGGAAAAAGAUGGACUUGCAUAUAUAGCAGCACCUUUCCUUAUCUUCUGGGCAGCACAAAGGCUAUACAGUUUAAAAAAAAAAUUGAACUGAAUAAUAAUUGCUAGCAGCUGAUAAUGUUGCAAGAAACCUUGUAAACUUUGCUCCUUCUUUAGGGGUGACCAUGUCUCCACCUCUGGGAGGAAGAAGAGAUAUUAUCACAAACAAAUCAACAGAAGAAAAUCAAUAAAUUGACUAUAUUGAAAAAAAACCUGAUUAUUCUGUGCCUCCUUUGAGAAAGUGGAAAAUACAAAGUUGAAGAUGAGAUGCUGAUACAGGAAUUGGGUGAAGUUUUUGUGGUUUUUGACCUUGACUAUGUUUAUAGAAAAUAACUAUGCUCAAAACCAAAAGCUAACUGGUCAGCAAAAUGCACUUUGGUUCUAAGUGCAGGUUUUCUUUUCGAAUUGGAUACAUAAAGAAAGAAUUUGCUUUUAUAUUGCAUUUCUCAUAACCUCAGGACAUCCUAAAACAUUUUAUAGGUAAUGAUGCACUUUUGAAGCGCAGCCACUGUUCUUAUGCAGGGAAACAUGGCAUCCUAUUCAGGCACAACAAGGUUUCAGAAGCUGCAGAAAGCUAAUGAAGAAGCCAUUUUUUGUUUAAAGAUAUUGGUUGAGGGAUAAGUGCUAACUGGGACACUGGGGGAAACUCCCCUUCUCUUCAAAAUAGCACAUUGACACAUUUUACAUCCAACGGAAUGAGCAGACCUGACCUCAGUUUUCAUGUCUCAUCCAAAAGACAGCACUUCUGACAUUGCAGCAUUCACUCAGUACUGCACUGCAGUGUCAGCCUGAAUGUUGUGCUUAAGUUUUUGGAGUGGGACUUGUAUUCACAACCCUUUGAUUCAAAGAUGAGAGUAAUAUAAUUGAAAAGGUAAAAUUUGCAGGGUUAUAGGGAAAGGGCAAAGGAGUUGGAUAGAGUGGAUGGUUCUUUCAAAGAGCUUUGGCAUGCAUAAUGGACUGAAUGGCAGCCUCCUUUGUUAGUUCCCAACCAACGGACUCAGCAUCGCAGGACUUCCAUGUCCAACUCCCAGAUUGGUCUUGGGUGAUUGUUCCUAACUUGCUUUGAUCCAACAAACGACAUGCAUUCGUGAUGUUUACAUAGACCCAAGUACAAGCUAUCCUUGCAAUCAGGCCAAGAGAAAGUUUCAUAACAAUCCACAGAAGUUCUCACCAGUAACCUUUGAAAGUAAUUACCAAGGUAACACAAUGAAAAAUAAUAUUUCUUCCCCCUCGCCCCACCACCUGAGUAAACAAAGGUCAAAUGCCUUGUGCUUGUUAAUUCUUUCUUGCUGAUGGCUAUGCCAAAAACCAACACAGCUAAAUUGUGAGAUAAAAGAAUACAUUGGUUUGAUGUAGACAUUCAUCUCUUAUUGUCUGUUAUUUUAAGUCUUAUUGCUCUCAUCUAUUAAUUGAGAAAUAAUGGCCUGAUUCCAUUAGUUUCAUUGGGCAAGGGUACUGAAAUUAUCUUGAAUCCUUUUCAAUAACAGAUUUGUGAAAGCUGGAGACAGUAACAUACCUGAUAACUGACUACUUGUAUUGUUCCAAAACAUUAAUCUUAAGCCAAUGUAUAAAGCAGUCCUAUAUCUAGAAAUUCCUGUGUAAGAACACCCUGGGAUUAGUGAGUGACUAUUUAUGGUACCUCUCCUUGAAGCUAGCUAAAGCUCUUGACUGAGUGAGGCAUUGUAUCAGUUUUUUUAAAUAGGCAUUUGUGUCUAGUUUUGCUGAGUUUAACUUUGUUUUGUGUUUUUGACUCUUAAGCUUGUAGGAGCAAAAAGGUGCAAAGUGAUUUUGCAUUUUCAUUUGGGGUAGUGGCUUUGAUCUCCACAAAGCUUAAUCUUAUAGUUCACUUAACAGGUUCAUUUUCUUAAAGAAAUUUCAGACAUAAACCUUGGCUGUAUGAAGAAAACAAUCAUUUAUUAUAAUCUCAAAAAUGACAUUAGAAUUAAAGAUCAUCUAGGGUUUAACCAUGAUUUAGAAUUGUUUAAACAACAAUAAAAACACCUUCUAAAUUCCUAAGAUGCUUGACCUUUUGGAAAUCAAUUAUAUAUCUUAGAUUAACCACAUAACAAAAAUUCUUACCUACUCAUGGUUGGUGCAGGCUUACAGGGAAGAUUCCACGUAUUUUGAUGGAUAGUAUUGUAGUGUUAGAUGGGGUGGAAUUUUACAGCCCCUCCCACCAGCGGAAUUUUCCGGUCCUGCCGAAGCCAAUGGACUUUUGAAUGGUUUGUCGCAUUUUCUGGCCCCGCCCCCACCACAGGGGGGCCAUAAAAUUCCGCCCAUGGCUACUUUUGUAGCCAGGUCAUCUCCUCUGCAGGCAACCUGCAAGCCUGAACUAUAAAGCUGAGGAGAUAGAGAGCAGUUCUGAAAAUUCCAGCUGAGGGAGUUCCACUAGGUUGGAUUAAUCAUGGUGGAGAUGUGUUUCUCCCCAAUUCUUAAUUUCUGUUGGGCUUUAGAAAUCCUUAACUUUCAACCACACCCCUGGGGAAUAUGGCCUGUCGACAAUAGGCUUCUCCCAUGACUGAUUGACAUUUUCAUUUGUUUUCACGUCGUGUCAAGUAGGCAAGUGUUCAAAAAAUCUCCAGCUAUCCUGGAGUCGAGCUCUUGUUAUGAUGGUCAAUCACCCAAGGUGAGCUGUGUGAUCUUUUCUGUGUGGUCUUUUACCAAGUGUAAUAAUAACCGUCCCUCUCCUUCAGCUGAUUUAAUAUCAAGCUUUCAUUUAUCAGGUGUAUUCUGACAUGGUAACAAAACCAAUUUCUGGACAGACAUCCAUAGUAGGUGUGGGGGGUGAACCUGGUCAAUAUUGUGUUUAGUUGUAAAAAGUUUUAUGUUUCUCCAAUAUUCCCAGUGUCAUUGCAAUCAAGAGAUCAGAUUUGUAAGCAUACAGUUUAAACCCAUUCUACUUAUAUUAGCUGCUCUGUCCUUUUGCUGUUUUAAAGCAACAUAAAUAUGUAUUUAUUUUCUUACAAAG